ACGUCUCGAGCUACUUAGCGAGCUCUCACGUCGAACCGUCAGAAGGAGCGCUCAGUGCAACGAACCACUCUGCCGGUAAGGCCACGUACGACUUCAACUGAUCCUCUUUUUUUUUAUCCCUCGGGACACAGGAUUGCUUAGAGGACCAUGCGUUCCGCGCUUAGACAGCUGUACAUCAUGCUUUGGAAGAACAUCUUCUUGAAACGUUUCCAGCGCCACUACGUCACCACCAUCCUGGAGAUCGCGCUCAUGGUGGCCUUCAUGACCGGCAUUCACAGCAACGCCGUCAAGCGGGAACAGCUGAUCCGACACUCGGUCACACUGUACCCGCCCUCCAGCCCGAUGACGUAUUGGAGGACUCUGAAGAAUAUAAGCAACAUACAGACAGUGGUCUUCACACCUCAGACACAGUAUUUCGCCAAACUGGUGCGAUCGGCCACCGCGGACCUGGGCAUCAAGACCGUGCUCAGCUCCCCCACGCUCCAGCACCUUGAAGAGACGGUCAAGUUAAACCAAAACACGACACCGUCCACCUUAAUCGGAAUAUUUUUCGACGGUGACUUUACGAAAGACCAGACCCCGCCACAGUCGCUGGACAUCGUCGUAUACCCCACGCAGCUGCAGCUCGAUACAGGCGUCCGCUUCGGCGAUAAGCUGUCGACGCAAGCACCCGGUCCUAAUGACGAGUCUCGCUACAACGAGAUGAACACCAUCCUGCCCAUCACAGCCCGUCUCGAGUACCACCACCUGAUGAUGACCGCUCAGCGAAAGAACGUGGCGUUCAAUGCCGACUUCAAACUGCGCCGGUUUCCUUACCCCAGCUACAUAGAGGAGCGGAGCCAGAGGAACUAUGGCCUGGUCCUGACGCGUUUCUGCGUCGCGAUGCUGAUUCCGUUCGCGGUCUUUGUGGCGAGGUUGACGGAAGAGCGUGGUACAGGCAUGAAAGAAAUGAUGCGUAUCUGUGGCUUAAGUGACUGGAUCUACUGGAUCAGUCAUUUCCUGGGCGCGUUCUUCAUCCUGCUUAUCAUCGUCACGAUGAUGAUGAUUUUCCUGACCAUCCUCCGCAACAAAGAGGGAAGGACUUUCAUCCAAUACAGUGAUCCGUUGCUGCUGUUUUACGUGCUGAUGGCGUUCAGCAGUUCUGCUUUGCUGCAAGCGAUGUUUCUUUCAAUCUUCUUCUCCAGCCCUGCAUCAGCCGUCGCCGGUUCCAUGCUCUACUGGACCUUUAGCUGCGUCUUGCCCUUCACACUACUAGAAGAUCCAAGCGGACUGGGCUACUAUUACAUUACUCACGAUGAAAAAUUGUUGACAUCCGUCUUUCCUGGAAUGAACCUCCACUGGUGCUUCCGAAUUAUCGAGCGCUUCGAAAAGUACGUUCCAUCUGGAGCAAACUGGAGCAAUUUUUACGACAUCGACGCGACGCCUGAUAACGUGACAAUCGGCGAUAUCCUGCUCGUCGGGUUCGUCACCAACCUUAUCAUCAUUGUACUAAUAUGGUACUUGGACAAUGUCUACGCUUCGGGUCCUGGGGUGACAAGGCCAAUGGUGUACCCAUUGAUGAUGAGUUACUGGCUUCCAACGAUGUCUUCACUGAAAGCGCCGCCAAGAAGUGCGGCUGAAUCUCUGAACUUCGAGAAAGAGCCUGGGGACCUCACGGUAGUCAUGGAGUUAAUAGAGGCAUCGAAAGACUACGGCAGCGUGCAAGCAGUCUCUCGAGCCAGCCUUCAAGUUUACGACAAACACAUUACCGUCCUUUGCGGCCACAACGGUGCGGGCAAAACGACGACCAUGAAUAUGAUUACUGGUUUCAUCAAGCCCAGCUUGGGAAACGUCGUCAUCCGGAAGUAUGACAUCGUGGCUAGCACCAGGAAAGCACGUCAAAGCAUCGGCUACUGCAGCCAGUUCAAUAUACUCUUCAACGAUCUUACCGUGGAAGAGCAUCUCCUUGUGUUUGCGGUUAUCAAAGGAGCAACAUGGGGAGUGGCUCGUACAGAGGUCAACAGCCUGCUUCGAGAUAUCGGCCUGGUACCAUUUCGCUCCGAACUCGCCGUGGGCCUUACCCCUGGGCUUCAGCGACGCCUCUGCACCGCCAUGGCGAUUAUACUGGCUCCAAAGCUGGUCGUCCUGGACGAGCCGACGGCGCACAUGGACCCGGACUCGCGCCGUGAAAUGUGGGAACUUUUGCUCAAGUUCCGGCGACGAGACUGCACCAUAUUACUUACGACCCAGUAUCUAGACGAAGCCGAAAUCUUGGGAGACCGUAUCGCUAUCAUGGCCAAUGGUCGCAUACGCUCCUGUGGCUCGUCAACGUUUCUGAAGCAGCGCUUUGGCACGGGUUACCACAUACUGGUCAACAAGAUGGCUCAAUGUGAUAUAUACGAGAUAGAGGAUCUUCUCCAGAAGUAUGCGCGCAAGGCGCGGCUGCAGAGUGAUUCGGCGAACGAGGCGGUCUUCAUUUUGGGACAGAUGGUGGCUACGAGACUCAUCAUUACCAUGUUCCAAGAACUUGAGAGCAGGAAAGGUUCUCUGGGCAUCGAGUCGUUUGGCGUGAACGUCACUACUCUCGAAGACAUCAUGGUCAAAUUUCGCGAAGAGCGCCAUAUUCAUCGUCAUCACCAUCAUCACCAUGAAGCGGGGGACGAAGCAGAGGCCGUCGAAGCGAAACGAUCUCACGUACAAGCGAUGGCUACUAGCACAUCGGCCCGUCCCGGCUGCUUCUACCGCCUGUGGGGCUUGACGGCAAAGCGUGCAGCCUACGCUACACGGGAGUGGAAGCUGCCGCUCUUCAGUUGGCUAUUCCCUCCCAUCCUAUUGUACACCCUCUUUGGACUGGAAAACAUCUCAACCCGCGGAGGGUCGCCGAUGAUGACCGCCAGCAACCGCAUCGACUAUACCUUCGACGUGGCCUACUUCGCCCCAUUAACUACUAUUUUCCACAACGCCCAAGACGAAUUCGUUGACACGUACCUACUCCCGGCGCUAUACGACAACGGCGCCAUAGCAAGCAAAGAGGAUGGGUACGGCAGCGUACUCGGGUACCUUCUCCUGUUGUCGUCGCAAUCGCUGCGCGCCUAUAUCUUCCAUCUACAGGUGGUCUACGAGAUGGACGAACACAACGGGACAACACUCUGGUACAACGGCCAGAACCCGCACGCGGCCAUCCUCGCCAUGCACGUGUACAACAUAGCACUGCUGAGGAAUUUGACCAAUGACCGUUCAGCCUACAUUCAGCUCGAAAUCAUAGCUUCCAGCUCUGCGGCAAAGGCUGAGGACGAAGAUGAAACUUCUCGCGGCACCUAUAGAUACGUACUCCCAAAGGUCCUCCGUUCCAUCUUCUUCCCCAUGGCUUCAAGUCUCAUGUGUAGUAGUUUCAUCGUCUUCCCGGUUACCGAGCGCAUUCUCCACUUCAAGCACCUGCAGUUCAUGACUGGAGUGGGCGGUCUUAUGUACUGGGGAGUUAACUUCGUCUGGGACUUCACCUUCUACGCCAUCGCCGCCAUCUUUCUCAUGGUCCCGUUGCCCGCCAUUUAUGCAGUUAUGCCGACCGAUUACUUAGAGGCCGUGAUCGUCCUCAAUCUGCUUCACGGUGCCGCGGCGUUGCCCUUGAUAUACAUGUUGUCCUUCGUGUUUGACAAUCCCAGCUUUGCCUUUUCUACGGUGGCCAUCUGUACUUUUAUAAUCGCUGCUUCAGGGUCCCUGGCUGCAACCUUCCUACACGAAGCAGCGGAAUCCGCAACCGGUGGUCUGCUACUACUACUGCCAGCCAUCAAGUACUUGCUUCGUCUCAUACCUUCCUACGCUUACACGCGUGGAAUGAUCAAGAUGUUGGAAAUCAUCAACGAAAACUACAUUUGCAGCAAAGGCGGCGAGCAGCUCGAACGCGUUUGCCAUGGAAGCGGCAUCGCGCACAGGCACUCCUUACAGCUAUGCUGCAACGCUUCCUACAACGAACGCAUGGAUGCCAUAAUCGAACCCUUCAGUGCGAGCUCUUACUCCGGCUACUACGAAAUGUGUACGCUGGCCGUGGAAGGUCUGGUUCUUUUUAUAAUCCUCGUCUUCGUGGAAUCCCAGCUCGCACGGCAACUGCGAAGAAUAUCGUUUGGACAAGGGGAAAAGCAAGUGGGCUCACAAAGCCCGCCGAAAAUCAAGAAUGCCGGCCCACCAGCCCGUAAGGAAGACAGCGAUAUCGCUGAAGAAGACAAGCUCGCGCAGAUCCUCCGCACCGGCUACGAGACAUCCCCUAUCUCGACAGCCAUGGUGGUGUAUAAUCUCUUCAAGACCUACAGCUACUACAUCAACCCCACCCAAGUGCUGAAUGGCUUGAGCUUCACCCUGCGCAAGGGAGAAUGUUUUGGCCUGCUUGGAGUCAACGGUGCCGGAAAAACGACCACGUUUCGAAUACUGACCGGCGAGGUGUAUCCCAGCGACGGAGACGCGGUCAUUGAGACUUACUCUGUACUUCGGGAUACGCAGAAGUUUCAAAGCUACUUAGGCUACUGCCCGCAGAGGGACGGAGUACUGGACAUGCUCACUGGCACGGAGGCGUUGGUUCUUUUUUGUAGAUUACGCGGCAUUUCUGUGGCUGCCGGUGACUAUAUCGACAUUCUUCUCGACAGCUUCCAUCUCAACGAGAUCGCCGAUCAUCUCGUCGGAACAUAUAGUGCUGGCAACCGACGCAAGUUGUCUUUGUGCAUGGCUAUAGUUGGCUUGCCGAGAGUUCUGCUUCUGGACGAACCGUACGUCGGAAUCGACGCUACUGCGCGCAAACGCAUCGUGAACUAUAUCUCCGCGUUGCAGAAGGAAUCCAACAUCGCCAUCGUUUUAACUUCACAUAGCAUGAGUGAAGUCGAAUUCCUCUGCAACCGCAUCGCAAUCUUGGGAGGGGGCAAGCUUCGAUGCCUGGGCUCUCUGCCUCAUCUCAAACAGAAAUUCGGCAAGGGCUUUACUAUAACGGUGAAAUGCUAUCCGGACAAGAAGCAGGACGCUAUUUAUCAACGAGAGGUGGUGCAGGUGCUGAAGGCCUACUUCCCAAUGGCGCAGCUCAUUCACUCUUAUGAGGGCCUCCUGGAGUUUCGCAUGAGCGACGCCACUUUACCCUGGAGCGAAAUGUUCACGCGUAUGGCCCAAAUUAAAAAAAUUUUCAAGCUGCAAGACUUCUACAUCGUGGAUACUUCCCUGGAACAAAUCUACCUCAGUUUCACGCGCAAGGAAGCGGUCAUAACUGGACACCAUGGAGCGGAAAGCCCCGCAAAGGCCACCGUUACGCCUUCGGCGUCUGGCUGUUGGUCGCCCGCUUGCGUUCAUAGUUCACCUUGCUCAUCGUCACGGACGCGACCUGGCAUGGACAGCGUCGUUCAGGUCUCCUCCGUUGUGUGGCGCCUGCUGUACGCCAAGCGAAUGCGGCGCCGUCCUCUCGUGUCCCUCAUCGAAAUCUUGAUCCCUCUGGUGCCCUUCAUCUUCAUUGAAGAUCUGAAGUCAAAGACGGACUCUUCGUCCUUCGUCAACAGCAUCAUCUACCCAGUCUUCACCCCCGACAUGGAAGACAUCAAGUUCGAUACCAUCUACAUCGGACCAGACAGUGAUUACACCCGCAACAUGUGCAAAGAGAUCCAGAGAGCCGCUCAAGGAACACCAAUUCAUCUGAUUCCCGAGGAGUCGGACCUUGUGAACCUGUUCACAUCUCCAAACAUCACGGACAACGCGUUGGGUAUCUACUUCAAGGACAGGCAGGGUUCGCACGAAGGAGCUGUAUCCACCUUCAUGGACUACAUGAUCAUACUGUCUUCGGGCAUAUACCACUUCCAACAGCGGCAAAAGGAAAACACCAAAUCGGGUCCCUCGGAGAUUCAGGACGUGAUAAGCAUGCGAGUGACGGCAGUACAAGCGGUGGUGGAAAUGGCCCACGUGAAGAAGUACUACGAGAUGGCAACGGGUCAAAAGAGCGAGUUCAUGCCAUUGAAAGUGCGACGUCGUCAGUUCCCCUUCCCGACGUACCAUGAGGAUGCCGAGAACCUCAUGUUCUUGAUCACCUUGCGUCUCUAUUUUUCCUUCAUGGUUCCCUUCUGCGUCGUCGUCGCCAGAGUCGUAGAUGAAAGGGCCAGCGGUAUGCAGGGUCUGACGCGUCUCCUGGGACUGACCCGUACCCGUUUCUGGUUCGGCGUGUAUGCGGCCAACAUGUGCAUGUGGCUCCUGGGCUGUUUAGCCAUUCUUGGUGUCAUGACCAAAGUGGAAGGGGAAUCCGGCGUCCCUUUCCUCUUCCGCACGGACCCGUCCAUCAUCUACUACUCCAUGGUUCUCUUCUCCUCGGGCUACAUUCUUCUGGCUAUGGUCAUCUCUCUUUUCUUCACUGCCGCGAGUUACGGGACUGCGUUCGCUAUGUUCCUGUGGACUGCGACAUUCUUCGCUCCUUUCAUUGCGUUCCACUGGGUCAAACGGUCGGUAUCUCUCUAUUGCAAGAUGGACCGGAAAUACAAGCUCUACACUGCCACGAUUCCCAUACACGGCCUCUACUACAUUUUUCGCAUCUCUGAACUCUACAAAUCAUACGACCAGAACUUCGAGUGGCAAAAGAUCUACACUUACGCCCUGAACAAGGACAACGUGAAUGCCUUCGAGCUCAUGCUAUCGUUGGCCGCCUUUUCAAUCUUCUGUCCCAUCCUCAUCUGGUACUUGGAGGUGGUUCUACCAUGGACAACCACUGCUCCGUUACCCGUCUAUUUUCCUUUCAUGCGGAGUUACUGGAUUCCACCGGAGACGGAAUACGUGCCAUCGCAAGAAAGUAAGUCCGACAAAGAGAGCGAGGAACUUGCCGAAGGACACUUUGAAGAGGAACCUAGACAUCUCCUCUUGGUUGUGGAAACUUCAGCCAUAUGUAAGAAAUACCACCGAAAGCUCGUGGUGGACCACGUGACAAUGCGUCUGUACCAGAACCAGGUCUUCGUGCUACUAGGUCAUAGCGGGUCCGGAAAGUCUACGCUGGCUGAAAUGUUAGGGGGCUUGACGCGUCCAUCAUCUGGCACCGCAGUUAUCGAGGGCUUCGACCUACUCACUCAGCAUAUAGACGCUCUCUUUAAUGUCUGCAUCUGCAUGCAAAAGAACUGCCUGUACGAUGAACUCACCCUGCAGGAACAUCUCUAUUACUUCGGCAAGAUGCAAGGUUUGCCACUGGACUUGUUGACAGAACAGACGGACAUCCUCGUCAAGCAGCUGCGUCUCACGGAGGCCCUGAAGUUUUACCCGAGGAAUAUGACUGUAUCUGUCAAACGCAAGCUGUGCAUAGCGAUGUCAGCCAUUGCGGAGCCUAAGGUCCUCAUACUGGACGAACCGACUGCUGGCCUCGACAUCAUUAGCCGUCACGAAGUGUGGGAACUGAUUCAAAAGCUUCGCAGUUCCAGCACCAUCCUUAUCACCACUCAGGACAUGGAGGAGGCUGAUGUACUUGCCGAUCGUAUCGCUAUCAUUGCUGACGGCGGCAUUCGCUGCUGCGGUUCACCCGCUUUCCUAAAGAAACAGUUCGGCACGGGCUAUCACCUGAUGAUCAAGAAGCGUCAGAAGGCGUGCAAUGUCGAAGCCAUUCUGUUGGUAACUAGGUCCUACAUCGGAAGUGUUCAGAUCGCCGCAGAUUUUAGUGGAGUUCUUCGCCUGUCGCUCGGGGUGUCCACGUCCGAGGGUUUCGUGGAGAUGUUCAAGGUCCUCGAACGGUUCCAGGCAAAGCUUGGAAUCAUAGCCAUGACUGUUGGUGUCACCACUAUGGAAGACGUCUAUAUCAAGAUUGCGAACGAAAUGGCCGAACAGCACAUAUGUCGGGUGAAGGAAAACAGCGAGGACACUACCUCAUCAACCGUACCUCUGGAAGAAGCGGACUUCCAAAGUGUCAUUGCUCUGUGCAAUCAGAAGGCUCCUCGUGCCUCGGUCGUUCAACAGACGCGGGCUCUCCUUACCAAGCGGCUCCAGUACACAUACAAGCAGUGGCACCUCCCUGUUGUAGGAAUAGUCUUCCCCUGCCUUAUAUUCCUAAGCCAGCGCGUGCUCCGCACCACGACGAAGACUCAGAGCAGCACAGACACAGAAGUCGAUUACAGUCUCACCCAUCUGUACGAAGAUACCCGCAAAUGGAAAGCCAUCAUGUCCACUGACGAUUCCAUGAGCCUGCUGGCCAAGCGGAGCUACUUAACUCUGAUCGAGGAGAAGGCCUAUGACGUCAUCAACAUCCGCGACAUUCCCGAAUACCUGAUCGAGCUGGGCAGCCAAGAUAUGAACCAGUACACGCAGUUCCUUGUGGGGGCCCAGUUCUACAACAGCUCCACGGACGGUAUGGUGGCAGUGGCCUGGUAUUCCGGCGAGGCCUUCCAUACUGCGGUCAUCUCUAUGAACCUCGUACACACUGCCCUUUUGCGCAACGUCGGCAACGAAGCCAACACGGACAUCAAGGUGACCGUGCGCAUCGCCCCUACCACCGCUAGUGUGUCGCACGUGUUUGACGUCCACAGCGACCAGGCUACGCAGAACCUAAUGAUACAGAUAACUCUGUUCUCCGCUUCCCUUGCCAUCAUGACCACCACGUACGGCAUCUUUCCCGUCGUCGACCGCGUCACCCAGUCCAAGCACCUCCAACUGAUGACUGGCCUUUCCAGCAGGACGUACUGGUUCGCGAACUUCAUCUUCGACUAUCUCUUCUACAUGUUAGCCGUCGGAGGAAUGGUUCCCGUCUUUGCCUUCCUGUUUCCCAAAUUUACGAAACGGAUGAUAUCUAGCAUAGUCUUCAUCUUCAUGGCGUACGGAGCGUGCACAAUACCACUGACGUACAUCCUGUCCUUCAUGACACAGUCUAAAGCAACCAUGUUCUGCCUCAUAUGUGCUGCCACCUUUUUUAGUAGCGGGCUGACUGCUGCCCUGUUUAUCCUGAAGGACACCUUAGAGACUUCAGGGUGGAAGAGGAUCGCCGCAUGGAUCGAUAGCGUCACUCCAAUUAUGAACCUCAAUCCACCAUACGCGUUGGUCCACUCCUUCCUGAGCAGCGCCAAAUACAUGAUGAUCAGGACGCUAUGCGAAUCGCACAUCACCGAAGAGUACAGAUACAUCUGUGUCCGCGAAGGUACCACUUCUACUGCACAAGACGUGGAGCUGAAGAGCGAAUUCGCGUCCGAAUGUUGUCCACACUUCAACAGCCCAAAGAACAACCGCACGAGGAUACCAGUCAUCGAGUCACAGUUCAACAUGUCAUCAUCCACUAGUUACAUGAUCGCCGAGGCUGUUCUCUUCUUUGCCGUCCUCACGUAUUUCGACUCCGGAAGCUUUGGCCAGUUGCGAACGUACGUUCGCACCAAGGUCAGCCGCAAGCAGGCCGCGGCGGGCGAAGUGGACGAAGAUGUUAAGGGAGAAGAGGAUCGUGCCAGAGACCUAGUUACGAGCCGAAAAUUCGACGCCGAAAUGAUGGGGGUGCUCGAGCUUUCCAAGAAACACCGUAAGCAGUACGUGGUAAGCAAUAUCAGCUUCGUGGUGAAACACGGCGAGAUCUUGGGCAUUUUGGGCGGCUAUGGAGCAGGCAAGACGACAGUGUUCCGCUUGCUAACGGGAGACCUGUCCGCGGAUAAGGGCCAGGCUCUCAUCAACACCCCGAACGGCGUCACUUCGCUCCGAGGCAGCAUCAGGGACUGGAAGAGCAACAUCGGUUACUGCCCGGAACACGACGGUUUCUUGGAGCAACUCAGCGCCUGGGAAAUGAUGCUUUUGUUCGCCAGGUUGCGCGGCAUUCCGGAGCGCAUCAUUUCACAGGUAGUGAUCCAGUUCCUUCGCAUUGUGGACCUGGAGAAAAUCAUGUACGACCAAAUCGAGACCUACAACGGUGGCAGCAAGCGGAAACUUUCUCUGGGUCUUGCGCUGAUAGGACUGCCGCCCAUCGUGAUCCUCGACGAACCGACCACGGGGGUGGACGUCCUUUCACGUCAAAAGCUGUGGCACUCCCUGAGAAGCCUACAGACCUACGCUAACACUGCCAUCAUCAUGUCUUCGCACAGUAUAGAGGAGUGCGAGGAACUCUGUGAGCGCAUCAUUAUCAUGAUGGACGGGCAGAUUCAGUGCAUCGGCACCAUUCCUCACCUCAAAGCGAAGUUUGCACAGGGCUACACGUUAACCGUCAAGACCCACAUGGAAUACCGCGAAGACGAGGACUAUAUGAAGAAGGUCCUGAAGACCAUAGAAAGCACGUUUCCGGCCAUUAAGCUCCAGGAGUCCUACGAGGGCCAUUUAGAGUAUCACCUUCCGAAUAUUGGCCUCACGUGGAGCCAGAUGUUUUCCAUGGUGGAGUUCCUGCGGAAGAAGCUCAACCUUCUCGACCUCCUGUUGAGAAACACCACACUGGACCAGAUCUACGUGACCCUGGCUAAGAAGGAAGAAGGUCGAAGGAUAGAGUUCGAUGAAGACUACGAAGAAGUAGGCGAAGAGGUCAACUAAUUCUAUUCAAUACUCGAGCGACUAAGUGAAAUAACCGAACGGAAGAAAUAAUGCACUCAUAAACUCUGCCUAUCAAGAAAUAAUAAUGCAUUCAUAAACUCUU